GCUUAUUUAAUAUUGACGUGUUCUUUGAACCCAAGUUAAAAUGACUGGUCGCGGCAAAGGAGGAAAGGGAUUGGGAAAAGGAGGAGCUAAACGCCAUCGCAAAGUUCUUCGUGAUAAUAUCCAGGGAAUCACCAAGCCUGCUAUCCGUCGUCUCGCUCGUCGUGGUGGUGUCAAACGUAUCUCCGGUUUGAUUUACGAGGAGACUCGUGGUGUUCUCAAGGUCUUCCUUGAGAACGUCAUCCGUGACGCAGUCACCUACACCGAACACGCCAAGAGGAAGACCGUUACGGCUAUGGAUGUGGUCUACGCUCUGAAACGUCAAGGACGUACUCUCUACGGAUUUGGAGGUUAAACACAGCUCUCUACGGAUCAAAAACAAUCGGCCCUUUUCAGG